AGGCCGGCGGCAGUAGUGGCGAAGGUUCAUCAUCGGAGAGAGGAGGAGGAGAGAUCAGCAGAGGAGUAGGAUCAGGCUCGAUGGAUUCGUUGGAAUCUCGUUGGGUGUUCCGAGGCAAAGACGAAUCUAAGAUCGAGGACGAGGAAGACAAUACAGAUGUGUCGUAUGGAGCUGGAGUAGAUUCUGAAGACGAGGAUAGUCCGGUGCAGUGUUUGAUUCGUACCGAACCGCUUGUUGAUUCUUUCGACGUCGAAGCUCUCGAAGUCCAUGGCGCACAUAGAAGUGACUACGAGGACUUUGGUAUAGGAAGGAGAAUAAUACAUGCGUUUCAGACUCUUGGUGUUGUAUUUGGUGAUGUUGGAACUAGUCCUUUAUAUACGUUUAGUGUGAUGUUUAGCAAGGCACUUAUCAACGGAGAUGAAGAUGUUAUUGGGGCACUAUCACUAGUUCUAUACACUUUACUCGUGAUUCCUCUUGUCAAAUAUGUCCUUAUCGUUCUUUGGGCUAAUGAUGAUGGUGAAGGUGGUACUUUUGCGUUGUACUCAUUAAUUUGUCAGCAUGCUAAGGUCAGUCUUCUCCCGAAUCAGGUUCCAUCAAAUACCCGGAUAUCUGGCUUCAUGCUAAAGGUGACGUCUCUUGAGCUCGAGAGAUCACUUAAAAUAAAGGAAAGACUAGAGACUUCAUUGACUCUGAAGAAACUUCUUCUGAUGUUAGUGCUUGCUGGCACUUCUAUGGUGAUAGCUGAUGGGAUUGUUACCCCAGCAAUGUCAGUUAUGUCUGUUGUUGGCGGUCUGAAGGUUGGAGUUGGUGCAAUUGAACAAAAUGAAGUGGUGAUGAUAUCAGUUGCCUUUCUUGUAAUUUUGUUCAGUGUACAGAAGUUUGGAAAAAGUCAAGUAGGACUUGCUGCAGGCCCUGCUUUGUUCAUAUGGUUUUGUUCUUUAGCAGGCAUUGGAAUUUACAAUCUUGUUAAGCAUGAUGCAAGGGUCUUGAGGGCAUUUAAUCUUGUUCACAUCUAUUUAUACUUCAAGAGAAACUCAGUUAAUGUGUGGUAUGCGCUUGGAGGUUGUCUUUUAUGCGCAACAGGGUCUGAAGCAAUGUUUGCAGACCUUUGCUACUUUUCCGUACGAUCAAUUCAGCUGACAUUUGUCUUUCUCGUAUUGCCUUGCCUAUUGUUGGGUUAUCUGGGUCAAGCAGCAUACCUUAUAGGAAAUCAUAACGGUGCUGAGCAUGCUUUCUUUUCUUCAAUUCCUAGUGGUGCGUUUCAGCCAGUUUUAUUGAUAGCUAAUAUUGCCGCCUUGAUUGCUAGCCGAGCAAUGACAACAGCAACAUUUUUGUGCAUAAAGCAAUCAUCUGCUCUUGGUUGUUUCCCUCGUCUUAAAAUCAUUCACACAUCUAAAAGGUUCAUGGGUCAGAUCUAUAUUCCUGUCAUAAACUGGUUCUUGCUGGGAGUUUGCCUGGUCAUGGUUUGCUCCAUCUCAAGCAUUAACGAGAUUGGAAAUGUGUACGGUAUAGCCGAGCUUGGAGUGAUGAUGAUGACCACUAUUUUAGUCACAAUUGUCAUGCUUCUAAUAUGGCAGAUGCACAUCAUAAUUGUGCUGAGCUUUGUGAUCUUCUUCCUGGGUUUUGAAUCGACAUUUUUCUCCUCAAUUUUAUGGAGUGUGCCAGAUGGAAGUUGGAUAAUAUUGGUCUUCGGCGUCAUAAUGUUUGUCAUUAUGUGGAUCUGGAAUUAUGGUAGCAAGCUCAAGUAUGAAACUGAAGUGACGCAAAAACUGCCAAUGGAUUUGAUGCGAGAAUUGGGCUGCAACCUUGGGACAAUCAGAGCUCCUGGUAUCGGUUUGCUUUAUAAUGAGCUGGCUAAAGGAGUACCGGCUAUAUUCGGUCAGUUCAUAACCACACUCCCCGCUAUCCACUCCAUGAUCAUCUUUGUCUGCGUUAAGUAUGUCCCUGUUCCCGUGGUGCCUCAGAAUGAAAGAUUCUAUUUCAGGCGACUCUGCCCCAAAAGUUACCAUAUCUUUCGGUGUAUUGCCAGGUAUGGUUACAAGGACGUUCGUAAGGAAAAUCACCAAGUGUUUGAGCAGCUGCUGAUUGAUAGUCUUGAGAAGUACAUUCGUCGGGAAGCACAGUAAAGGCAAUUGGAAAGCGACGGUGACGAAGAUGCAGAGUCUGAGGAGGAUACGUCUUUCUCGAGAGUUCUCGUGACUCCAAAUGGAAGUGUUUACUCGCUUGGUGUUCCUCUUCUGGCUGAGUACGGUGGCUCUAAUAAUUCCAUUUCAGAAGCAAGCACCUCUGAGAGGGUAGUAAAGCCCGAUUCCGAUGCAGGUCCAACGGCAUCUGAUGCCGAGCAGAGUCUAGAAAGGGAACUAUCUUUUAUACGAACAGCUAAAGAAUCCGGAGUUGUUUAUCUUCUCGGUCAUGGAGACAUAAGGGCGAGAAAAGAUUCAUGGUUUAUAAAGAAACUGGUUAUAAAUUACUUUUAUGCUUUCUUGAGAAAGAACUGCAGGAGGGGUACC